GUAUGUAGCAUCCGUACAGGGACAUUUGGGUCAGCCAACAGAAAAGCGAGAAACAGUACCGUCAGCUGCGCUGCCUAACCCUGCCACACUGUCGUGCGCACACACACACACACACUUUCAAAGCGGUCCUAUACAAACCGUAAACAAAAGAAACGGCUGGCACUUAAAUAGGAGGAUUGUUCGGUGGGAACAGUUCAAUCCACUUUCGAUUCCCACGGUGGGAAGUAGUGCGUGCUUUAGUGUUUUGUGCUGUUUGUAGGUUUUUUGUUUGCUUUUUCCAUUAAAAAAGCAUAAAGUGUUCUUGCUUUUAACAACCGACCAAACGAACGUAGAACGAAAAAUCUUUUCCUGAAGUGAAAAGGCCAGUGAUUCACACCGCUCCCUUGCUUGUGCUGUUUGCGACGUCAUUUUGUGUGUGGUGGUUUGCCUGCCAUUUGCAAAAGAUCUCUUGCCAGCUUGAAAUUAGAAGAAAUAAAGACGCGUAGCCAUGAAAUUUCUAAUACUCAUCGUUGGCUUUGUCGCAGCCGCUAAUGCGAUCUCCAUCUUUGAUCUCGUGAAGGAAGAGUGGACCGCUUUCAAGUUGCAACAUCGUAAGAAGUACGAAAGCGAAACGGAGGAACGUAUCCGCAUGAAGAUCUAUGUACAGAACAAGCACAAAAUUGCCAAGCACAAUCAACGCUACGAUCUUGGCCAGGAGAAGUUCCGUCUGCGCGUGAACAAGUACGCCGAUCUGCUGCACGAGGAGUUUGUCCACACGCUGAACGGUUUCAACCGCUCGUUCGGAAAUGGACCGCUGCUCCGCGGUGAGCUGAAACCGAUUGACGAGCCCGUAUCCUGGAUUGAGCCGGCCAACGUUGAGGUACCGAAGACCAUCGAUUGGCGCACCAAGGGUGCCGUCACCGCAGUAAAGGACCAAGGACACUGUGGCUCGUGCUGGUCCUUCUCUGCGACUGGCGCACUCGAGGGACAACACUUCCGCAAGACGGGCAAGCUGGUGUCCCUGUCCGAGCAGAAUCUCGUCGACUGUUCGCAGAAGUACGGUAACAAUGGUUGCAACGGUGGCAUGAUGGACUUUGCGUUCCAGUACAUCAAGGACAACAAGGGCAUCGAUACGGAGAAGUCGUACCCGUACGAGGCGAUCGACGACACCUGCCAUUACAACCCGAAGGCCGUCGGAGCUACGGACAAGGGCUUCGUUGACAUUCCGCAGGGCGAUGAGACCGCGCUGAAGAAGGCACUGGCCACGGUAGGUCCGGUGUCGGUCGCCAUCGAUGCAUCGCACGAAUCGUUCCAGUUCUACUCGGAGGGCGUGUACUACGAGCCGCAGUGUGACUCUGAACAGCUUGAUCACGGUGUGCUGGCCGUCGGUUACGGUACGUCCGAGGAUGGCGAAGACUACUGGCUGGUGAAGAACUCGUGGGGAACUACCUGGGGAGACCAGGGCUACGUUAAGAUGGCACGUAACCGGGACAAUCACUGCGGUAUUGCUACCACGGCAAGCUACCCGUUGGUGUAAGCCAGGCAGCCAAGGGAGCAUGCUGCCUCGUGGCGAGUGUAUGCGGCAUUUUUUUAUGUUGUGUGAUAUAUACAAAUUAAUGGCGGGCAGGGACGGCCGAACAAAGCAGAAAAACGAGCACACAAACAGAUACACACACACAUACAAGCUUGUGCCAGAGAUCGCGCGGGUAUUCGAUAAACGAAAGGAGCGAAUCAUCAUCUGUAUGCCAUCAAAAUCAUCGCGUUUGAGUGUGUGUGUGUGUGUGUGUAUGUUGUGUUCUUUGUUAAAGAAGGCGAAAUUCGUAAUUUAAAUUAGGUUUUAGCUGUGUAAGUUUACAAACAAAUUAAUAAACGUAAAGCGUAGAUAUUACGGAAAAGUUUAAAA